AUGGCAGAAAUAAAUGACGCUCACAUAGUCGAAAUCCCAGUCGACGAAGAGCAUCAGAAGAAAUUAAUAUGUGCCAUGAACGCAAUUUCUGCAAUCCAACAGCACCCAUUAACAGAAAUCUCUCAAAGUCCUGGCCAUUUCUUGCUUCUCAAGCUUUGGCAAAGAGAGGAAGACCUAUUUGGCCGGAGAAUAGCCAUGAAAGAAAAGAGAAUGGACUCUAUCGGAAGAGAAAUUUUCCAACUCUGUUGCUUUUUCUUCUUUUUCCAUGGCAUUUUCUUGACAAUCUUGUUUACAUCUUCAUUAGAGGAGCAUCAUAAUGUGAAACUUUGCAGGUACUGGAAAGUGGACAGGCAGUUGCAGAGGGAAAGGGUGGACGGUCGGGCACUGACGCGGUUCAUUCAGGAAUUGAGGAUGAAAGGGGCAAGCUUUGAUCUGUCGAAAGAGCCUCAGAUUGGGAAGAGAAUGAAGAGUUCAAAUUCAUCCUCUGUGCCUAAAAUCCCGGAAGAAGAUCCGAUUUUUAUUACUCAGAAUAGUUCUCUCAAUUUCUUACGAGGGAUGAAGCAUUAUGGUCCGAUUGCUCCACCAAUUCAUGAGUUUCUCAACAAGGAGAGAAUCCCUUUGGAAUCAAACCAAGAAUUUCGAAGGAUUUCUUACACCUCUGUAGUUUGUAACUGUUCUUUAUUAUUGGCCUAUACAAAGAUGGCUUCAAAGAGGAUUCAGAAAGAACUGAAGGACUUGCAGAAGGACCCUCCCGUAUCCUGCAGUGCAGGGCCUGUAGGUGAGGACAUGUUCCAUUGGCAAGCUACAAUUAUGGGUCCUUCAGAUAGCCCUUUUGCAGGGGGUGUGUUUCUUGUGACUAUUCACUUCCCACCUGAUUAUCCUUUCAAACCACCCAAGGUAUCCUUUAAGACCAAAGUCUUUCAUCCAAACAUCAAUAGCAAUGGAAGCAUUUGUCUUGAUAUCCUCAAAGAGCAGUGGAGCCCUGCCCUUACAGUAUCAAAGGUGCUGCUCUCGAUUUGCUCCUUGCUGACUGAUCCAAAUCCUGAUGAUCCUCUCGUGCCUGAGAUUGCUCACAUGUACAAGACUGAUAGAGCCAAGUACGAGACCACUGCUCGAUCCUGGACUCAGAAGUAUGCCAUGGGAUGA